GACAGAUAGAGAGGCCAGCACUGGUCAGAAGAAACAGAACGCACCAUCACCAAGCGCGAUGAACUGACAGUAGCGAGCGACGAACCCCUGAUCCGGAAUCCCCAAAACCUCGCCUCCCGGUCUCCCCGACGCAGCCGCUGUCCGGCGCCGCGGCGCCCCGCCCGGCGAGAUGAAGAGCCCCUUCCGGCCACGCGCCGCCCCUUUAGUAUCCGCGCUCGUCCUCCUGCUGCUCGCUCUGGUCCCGUCCCCGGAGGCGGCCGAGCCCACCACGCCGGGGACCCGGACGCGCAAACUCGGCCGCGACGCCGGCUCCUCGGUCUUCUCGCUCUUCAACAUGAAGCCCCAGAGCAAGUUCUGGACGGAAUCGGUCAUGCGGACAGAGUUCGAUGACUUGGAGGGCUCGAAGUCAAGGGACUCCAUCAACAUUGGGCUUCUCAACUUCACGAGAGCUGGUAAUGUUGCAAACUAUAUGAACCUGGCGGAAGUUGAUUCGAUAUAUUUUUCAAUCCCUGUCAACUUCAUCUUUAUGGGAUUUGAUGGCAAAGGGGGCCAUGAGUUUAAGUUGGGACGUGAAGAACUAGAGCGCUGGUUUACAAAAAUUGAUCACAUAUUUGAGCAUACGAGAAUCCCUCCAGUUGGAGAAGUUCUUAGCCCGUUCUAUAAGACUACCGUUAAGAGACUAAAGAAAUAUGAUCUUCCUUUAGUCAGCCACGUGAAUCACAAUUUUUCUGUGCAUGCAAUACAUAUGGGAGAAGAUAUCAUGUCUGUCUUUGAACAUGCUGUAAAAGUUCUAUCACGCAGAGAAGAUCUCACAGAUCCCAGUGAAAGUGGGGCGGCGAUUUGGCAAGUGGACAGUGAUCAAAUGGAGCAUGUAUUUUCAACACUUGUUGAUCACCUUCAGAUACAAGAAGCAUACAACAUCUUCAUUCUUAACCCCAAGCCUAUUGAAAAGAGUACUCAGUAUGGAUAUCGGAAGGGCUUCUCCGAGUCUGAGAUCAACUUACUGAGGGAGAAUAAGACCCUGCAAGCUCGGAUACACCAAUCUAAAAGGGACCCAAAACUCUAUCUUGAUAUAGAGAAGGGAGUCAACAAAAGGCCCUUGUAUGAAAAUCACCCCCUGUCAUCAUUUUCAUGGACCACAACUGACAACGUGGAUAUGGGUGAUUGGUCAAAACAGUGCAAGGAAGCCUUAAGCGGUUUUGAACUGUUGAAGGCAGGAAAGAGUAAAGAGGACAUUAUUUAUGACAAAGCUGUUCAGAUAUUACACGGUGCAAAAGAUGAGCUGCAUGAUGUUCUAGAGAGCGCACUCAUGUCCAGUGAUUUGAAGGGUUUGCAUGCUGAAUGCCUUACAGAUAUAUGGGUCGGCAGAAACAGGUUUGCUUUUGUUGAUCUUACUGCCGGACCAUUUUCCUGGGGCCCUGCUGUCGGUGGGGAUGGUGUUCGUACAGAACUUACUCUGCCAAAUGUGGCAAAAACUGUUGGGGCUGUCGCAGAAAUCACAGAGGAAGAGGCUGAAGAAAGUCUACAAGAUACAAUCAGAGAAAGGUUUUCUUCUGUUGGCGAGGAUUACCAUGCGGUGGAUAUCCUAUUGGCAGAAAUUGAUGUAUAUGAACUUUUUGCUUUCAAGCAUUGCAUGAAAAGAAGGAUACAACUUGCCCUUUGCAAAGAACUCGAUCAGAGAAUGCACGAGCUGAAAAAUGAACUGGAGGGCUACCAUAGUGGAGAUUCUGAAGAAAUUAAUAAGAAGAAAGCUCUUGAUGCCCUGAAGAGGAUGGAAAAAUGGAACUUGUUUAAAGAUACCUCUGAGGAACAUCAUAGUUACACAGUGGCUCGUGAUUCAUUUCUUGCACACCUGGGGUCAACAUUAUGGGGCUCUAUGAGGCAUGUAAUUGCUCCAUCUGUUUCUCACAGAGCAUACCAUUACUAUGAGAAGCUAUCAUUUCAGUUGUACUUCGUCACACAAGAGAAAGCCAGGAACAUAAAGCAGUUGCCCAUUAAUGUAAAAUCCAUCAGAGAUGGCCUUAGUUCUUUGUUGUUACCAUCUCAGAAGUCAAUGUUUACCCAACACAUGCUGUCAUUGUCAGAGGAACCAGCAUUGAUGAUGGCAUUUUCUAUGGCUCGCCGUGCAGCCGCGGUUCCACUUCUAUUGGUCAAUGGUACCUAUAGGUCCACAGUCCGUACAUACCUGGAUUCUGCCAUUCUCCAGCACCAGUUACAGAAGUUAAGUGAGCAAACUUCACUUAAAGGAGAACAUACAAAUCACAGGUCAACAUUGGAGGUUCCAGUAUUCUGGUUCAUACAUAGUGAACCCCUAUUACUGGAUAAACAUUACCAAGCUAAGGCUCUUUCAAACAUGGUCGUCGUGGUUCAGUCAGAUGUCGAUUCUUGGGAAAGCCACAUACAAUGCAAUGGGAGGUCAAUCUUAUGGGAUUUGAGGAAACCAGUUAAGGCGGCUAUUGCUGCAUCUGCUGAGUAUGUAUCUGGUUUACUUCCUAUGCAUCUGGCUUAUAGCUCAGCUCAUGAAACUGCAUCAGAGGACUGGACAUGGUCUGUGGGUUGUAAUCCCUUAUCUAUUAGUUCUAAAGGUUGGCGACUUUCAGAAUUUCAGCAAGAUGUGAUCGCUCGGAACUAUAUUAUUACUGGAGUGGAGGAAUCCAUACGAGUAGUCAAUUCAGCAAUUCAACGAUUGAUAACAGAGAGGACAUCUGAACAAGGCUUUAAAAUUUUCAAGACCAAGGAGAGCGUGAUGGUUGAAAAAUACAAUUCCGUUGUUAACAUGUGGAGAAGGGUUGCCUUUAUGUCUAGAGGGUUGCGGUAUGGUGAUGCGGUAAAGCUCAUGUCGUCGCUCGAGGAGGCUUCUAAUGGAUUUUCUCAUGCUGUGAACUCAACCAUCUCAAAUCUACACCCUGCAAAAUGUGCUCGUCAAAGGAAAAUUGACGUACAGCUAGACAUGACAACCAUCCCUGCUUUUAUAGUUGUUUUUGGGUUGCUUUGGUUUCUUUUGCGACCAAGGAGGCCGAAGCCCAAGAUCAACUGAGCACAGUAAUUUUCAACUUGGGUAUACAGUUUGACAUGAUCCUUGUAAAUGCUUGCACCAUGGGUGAUAUCUUCCGUGGAGGUCUAAAAAGGCGACAGGACAGACUCAAGCAAUGCCUAGAUGCAGCACACAGGGGUUCGACCCUCAGUCACACCCUCUUUAUUUAGAUGACAAGGGGGCUUGCGGGCCCAUCAUUUUAGAACAGCUGACACAGAAAGGGUGUAAACAUGCACUGGACGGUGCAUACCUUUUUGGGCUCUAUUUUCUUGCAUGGUUAACUGAAUCCAUCUUACCAAAACCUGAACUGGGGUUCAUCUUACCCUCGAGUCCUUGAACAUGAUACCUAUGUGCACUGCCCGUCGAUUUUCUUGAUAAAGUUUACCGGGGAAAAGUAUCUUGUCACA